AGUGACCCACAAUCCCAUAAUAUUGAUAAGACAGAAAUUCCACUUUGGUUAGCAUAUUUCUGUUCUAGAAUUAUGUUGUUUUGACCUAAAAACAGCUAAAACGUUUCAGUUUGCAGCGCUAUUAAAUUUGUGUUAUUUGUCAUCCACCAGUGUAAAUGAAAAGUGUCAUUAGUUUAUAAUAUGAUUCAUAUUAAUGCGAGAAUCCAAAGUAAUAUAAAAUAUUUCGUUGUGAUUUGAAUUUGUAGAGUAAAAACUGACGGUACAGUCAUCAAUUUGGAGUUGCUCUUUAUUUUCUUGUACGGCACACUUUAUUAAUACUUCUUUAUCUUUAAAAUAAUUGUACCUGUCUUAUCGUAGUGCUAACUACCCAAAAUGGCGGCCGCAUUUGUGGUGGGGGUAGACGUGGGCACGGGAAGCGCUCGUGCGGCGCUCGUCGACUGUGCCAACGGACACAUUGUGCGUAUUGCGCAUGCUCCGAUCGCUACCUACAAUCCACCUGCUACUCAGCUGUUUCAUCAGUCAUCCGACAACAUAUGGCGGGCUUGUGCACAGGUUGUCAAAGAAGUGACGAGCUCUGUUGACAAGGAGUUGGUCAAAGGCAUUGCUUUCGAUGCCACCUGUUCACUGGUCGUACUGGAUAGACAAGGACAGCCGCUCUCUGUUAGUCCUCAUGGAGAGUCGGAGCAAAACGUGAUCCUAUGGCUGGACCACAGAGCGAGCACAGAGGUGAACCUAAUCAACAAAACAGAGCACAAACUGCUGUCCUAUGUGGGUGGCAAGAUGUCGCUCGAAAUGCAACUGCCCAAACUGCUCUGGCUGAAGAACAAUCUGCGAGACAACUGUUGGAACAAGGCGGGCUAUUUUUUCGAUCUGGCCGAUUUUCUAACGUGGAAAGCGACCGGCUCUGAUGCUAGGUCAAUCUGCACAGUUACAUGUAAGUGGGCUUACGAUGGUGUCUCAAACUCUUGGGAUAAAUCUUUCAUGGAGUCCAUUGGUUUGGACGAUUUGUUAGAAGAUGGCUGCUCUAAAAUUGGAUCAGUGAUGCAAGCACCAGGUAUUCCCUGUGGACAAGGCCUAACUGAAAGUGCAGCGGCAGAUUUUGGUCUGAAGGUGGGAACGUGUGUGGCCACCUCCAUUAUAGAUGCACAUGCUGGUGUCUUGGGAAUGGCUGCGGCACGUUUGUCUGAAGACAAAAAAAUGUCUGAUCCGACAUUGGAGUUUAGGUUGAGUUUGAUCUGUGGCACCUCCACUUGCCUGAUGGCGGUUGGUGGCUCGAGGGUGUUCGUGGCCGGUGUGUGGGGGCCUUACCCGGGGGCGGUGCUGGGCCUUGAACCCCACCUGUGGCUGCUGGAAGGCGGGCAGAGUGCCACCGGCAAACUGAUCGACCAUCUCGUCGACAAGCAUCCCGCCUCCAGCCACAUACGAACCGAGGACAAUGUACACAUAACGGACUACCUGAACGAGUUGUUGAAGAAAAUGGCUGAGAGAAGGCACUUGUCGUCUGUCGAAUUUCUGACUAAAGAUUUGCAUGUUUGGCCUGAUUUCCAUGGCAAUAGAUCGCCUCUGGCUGAUCCCUCACUUAGAGGAAUGAUGAGUGGAUUAAGUCUGUCAACGUCUGAGGAGGAUCUAGCUCUACAAUACCUCGCUGCCAUCCAAUCGUUAGCUUACAGCACGAAGCAAAUUAUCUCUAGUAUGGAAUCGGCAGGCCACGCCCACAUUGAGACAGUUCUAGCAUGCGGUGGAUUGGCACACAACAGCCUCUACGUGCAAGUGCUUGCCAACGUACUUGCUUGCCAGUCCACACGGUGCCAGUUGCUUGUGCCAGUACAGCAGAACGCCACUGCUACUGGCCACUGGCCCAGUGUAAGCCACGCGAUGACCGGUAUGGCGCCAGUAGCUAACGAGGUUCAGGCUCAGCCCAGUACUUACCAAUACCACAGCAAGAAGUACAAAGUAUUCCUACAAAUGGUAGAAGAUCAGAAAAAGUACAAACGUAUUAUGGAUUCAUGAGGAACUAGACCCGGUAUACUAUCUAUUUAUAUUUUAUAUUUCCAUUUAAUGGAUAUUAGAUUAUUGUUUUUUACAUUCCAUAACUAUUUUAAAACAUUUUACUAUGGCAAUAAAGUUUCACUACUAAUAGUGUUGUGAAU